GUUUCGCAAUGCAUUUCGCGGCGCCCGUCGGCGCCCAGGAAUAGCCGAGCCAGUGUCAGCUGCCUGUUGUGGCUGCGGCUGCAAUUGAUAGUGCAAUGCCAGCAUCACCGUCGGUACGUAUCGGCAGUCCGAUCGGUGAUGUUUCAGUCAGCCUGUCGCCAGUGGUAGGGCUUCACCCGAGCAAUCCGUUUGUGGGCCCACGGCGGCGCGCCUCAAUCGGCGUUAUGAGCAUGCAUGAGAUGGAAGGGGUGGAGCAGAGCGGCCUGCUGAACCGCCUGGACGAUAUUGUCGGCAACGACAGCAACCACAUGCACUCACCGGCUGCACAAAGCGCAAGUAUUGACGAUGUCAGCUUCGACGAGAUCGACGCGCCGACCGAAACUGGCAGGCCCAGAAUUCUGCGCAGUCGCCUGCCUACUAGCUUCUUCUUUGAUCCGACAGAAGGCAAGCAGGACCAGACGCCGCCCAGUAAGUCUCUGCCUGGAAAGCCUCUGCCGACGCCGCCGCCGCCAAAGAAAUCCCCACCGUCAAAGAAGACUCAGUCAUUGGACCAGCAUUCUGUGCCAAAGGUGUUCAAGUCGCCUGUUGUUGUCCAGCCAACCGGCAACCCAUCGCCGGUGUUUACCAGUAGCAGCGGCAGCGGUGGUGGCGAGGUGCAGCAGCCAAAUGUGACGGCGCCGCCUGUGCCGCCUAUGCGGCAGGCCCAGCAGUCGAAGCCUGAGAUGCAGCAGGUCUCACGACCUGAAAUGCAGCAGGUCUCACGACCUGAAAUGCAGCAGAGGCCGCAGGAGCCGGCGAGACAGCCUCUGGUGGGGCAUUCCCCUGUGGUGCAGGAGCCAGUAUCCAGAGAAACAGCCGAUGCAGAUUCCUAUGGUGCCGUCGAUCCAAGUCAACCCGGUGCAGAUUGAGCCAUCUCCGCAGUUCCUGGCUCAGCAGCCACUCCAGCAACCAAUCCCGUCCCUAGCCCAGCAGCCAGUGCAGUCCUGAGAUUCUGGAUAGGGCCAAGCGCCCGUCAUUCUUCAAGCGGCUGACUGCUGGCUGGCGCAAACCACCGCUUCCGGCGAACCCGUACGAUCCCAUCUAUCCCAGUGCCCCCGGGCACACAGCGUCACACAUCCCUUCUCAGGAACAGUACGAAAUUGAGCUGCAGCAGUUCCAGCAAGGCCAGUACGGCCAACAAGGGCAGCAGCAUCAGCAGCAACACGGUCGCCCCCAGCGACCCACGUCUAUGAACCCAGUUUCUUCUGCUGCAGUCCAGGGCGUGGCAGCAGCAGCAGCAGGCGGGCUUGCAACCAAGCUGGCGCAGUCUGUGGCUGGAUC